CCCCUCUCACUCAACACUCGACAGUCUCGACGCCUGUCUCCCUCUCUCUCCCUUAGUAGAAUCGCUCGAAAAUUUCUCGUACCAUCUCCGCCUUCGUCCUCGAACUCGAGGUCAAGAUGACGACGGCGCCACCCGGAGGCAGCCUUAUUGAUGAACCGUGCGCGUCGUUUUUCGACACCCUCUUGCGAGAGUCAAGUGUUGAGCUAGAAAAGGCAGAACCUUUCGCGAGAUCGCGGGAAGAGAUCGCGUCCGUUGCUGUUGUUGGCGGUGGUGACCGCAGCGACCUAGGGUCGCUUCCCCAUUCGGUUCCGUCCCCAAAAUUAGCCAACGGCCAUGGUGAAAUUGAUGCCGGGCCACCCUUGCGUUCAUGCCUGACCCGGCCCGAACCCCGUUCGGCUCUGGCCGCGCAGGUGGUGAAGAUCGAAGAGGAAGAGGAAGAUGAGGAGGUGGCGAUCAUUGCUGAUCCAGGGGACGCUGCUGCCGGAUCGCCAUCGUGCUCGUCGCGGGCAGCGGCGGACGAAGUGGCGAGACCGAUGCAGGGGCUGGGGGAGGUGGGGCCGGCGCCCUUCCUGAGGAAGAUGUACGAGAUUGUGUCAGACCCGAUUACGGACCCGGUGGUGUCGUGGAGUUCCAGCCGGGACAGCUUCGUGGUUUGGGAUCCGCACGGGUUCUCGAAGCAGCUCCUGCCUCGAUACUUCAAGCACUCCAAUUUCUGCAGCUUCGUCAGGCAGCUCAACACUUACGGUUUUAGGAAGAUGGAUACGGAUCGAUGGGAGUUUGCAAACCGAGGUUUUCAGGAAGGGAAGAAGCAUUUGCUGAAGAACAUAAGAAGGAGACGCAAACUCAGCGAACAUACGAAAACAUCGAAUAGUAGUGUUGCUUCGGAUUACCCGGAGGCUGGAAAGGAAGCUGAACUUGAAAUGCUUAAGAAGGACCAGGAAGCAUUGAAGUCCGAGAUCCUGAAACUAAGAGAAGAGCGGGAGCACUCGCAGCAUGAGAUCAAUCAGGUCGCCGAGCGGGUGCGCUAUGCCGAGUGCAGGUGUCAGCGGAUGUUCCUCCUCCUCUCUAAAGCAACUGAAAGCUCGAACUUUGUCCAUUUAAUCCAAGAGAGGAGGCAGAAGAGAGAAUUAGAGGCCUGUGAAUCGAGGAAGAAGAGCAAAUUGCAAAGUCCCGAUAGUGAAGUCACCAAAUGCUUGCUCGAAGUAAUGGAUCACAAGAUUCAAAACCCGAAUGUUGAUUGCCCAAGAGUCGGUGAUGAUCUGGCACAGAUGGAGUCUCGGCCAAACAAUGUCGCGCCAGUGGAUUUUCAGACCGUUCAGAUGCACAACCCGUGGCCUCCUCCGAUGGGUGGUGGAGAUUUCAGGGCUGUGCAGGGUCAGACACCCGAUUGGAUGGCCGGAGCUAGUUCGUCAGAUUUGCCUUCGGUUUUCCAUGAGAUGUCGGAGAAGCUCCCCGGGGACAACGUGGUCGUGGGCGACAAUGUGAUGGAUGUGGAAGCAGGAGAACUGGCAAUGGAUGACACAGGAAUCUAUCUUGAGCUGGAGGGUCUGAUUGAGAAGUCAUUUGGUUGGAGUGAUUACACAAGUGAGCUGCGGGAGCUAGCAGUGGGACUGACGCCCUAAAAUUUCCAUGCUGCUGCUCCUGCUCCGUUCUCUCUGUUAUAUGGUGUUGCUAUUUUCUGUGACCCAGAUCACUGAAUGCAGCCUUUGCAUAAUUGGAGGUAGUAUCUGAAGUGAAGUGGCUGGAUCCAACCAAUAAACUUGGUUUAUAUAUAUAUACAUAUGUGUGUGUCAAAGGUAAAAUGCUCAUACCUAGUAUAUCUUUUGGAAUUUAUUUCCUUUGUCUCCGCUGUAAGAAAGUGCUCUCGGUGUUCUUUUCCCUUAGUUUGCACUAAGCUUUUUUCUGUAACCAGUUAUGUAAAGCUUUUUUCUGUUUUUCUUUCUGUAACCAGUUAUGUAUAAAAGAAGCCGUUUAUAAUAA